GAGGGCGGUUCUAAGGCGGAAUCUAGUGAUUUCCUGGAUACGGUAAAGGUCUUGCAGAAUGAAUGUGGGCGUCGCUCACAGCGAGGUGAACCCCAACACGCGGGUGAUGAACAGCCGAGGCAUUUGGCUCACCUACUUGCUUCUGACUGUCGUGUUGCACAUCGUCUUACUAAGCAUCCCGUUCCUCAGCGUGCCGAUAGUGUGGACCUUAACCAACGUGAUUCACAAUCUGACCAUGUAUGUGUUCCUACACACGGUGAAGGGAACUCCGUUCGAGACACCAGAUCAGGGAAAAGCCCGCCUGCUCACUCACUGGGAACAAAUGGACUAUGGGGUGCAGUUCACAUCGUCCAGAAAAUUCCUCACCAUUUCACCCAUAGUGCUGUAUAUUCUGGCCAGCUUUUACACAAAAUAUGACGCCACCCACUUCCUCAUCAACACGUGCUCCCUGCUCAGCGUCCUCCUGCCAAAGCUGCCUCAGUUCCACGGCGUGCGUCUGUUCGGGAUCAAUAAAUACUGACGCACUGUGUGAGCGCUUUGAGAAAGGUAAAGCGAACGGUAACGGUAGAGGGGAAAACGAAGUCUAAGCCUGUCCGCUGGUUCACUACCUUUUCUCGUUGUGAAGCAACACUAAACCAAUUCUGAUGUUGUAUCAGAAAGGGAUUGUGACCAUGUGCUGUAUUUUCUGCUUUAAAAAAAUGUCAGUUUAUGGUUUGGGAAUUUUAAUGAGAAAUGUAUUUGUGUAUUAAUUUAAAUCUCUACAUACACCAGAGGCUUCUGGGAUCUCAACUCGUCAGUAACUUAUGCGCAGUACUAGAUAAUAGAAACAACAGUUAUCAGUGUGAUAACAGCACAGUAAACACACACACAGCUGAGAGAGUCUGCGAGGUUCAGGGGGCUCUGAUUUAGACCUAGUCGGGAACAUUCAUUCCACCUUUAAGGGAUCAUUAGCAAAAAGGUGUUGCUGUGAGCUUUUAGUGCCCUUCACUCGCUGGUGUAGUGGUUGGGCUUUAACAUAGAACCUUACUGGGUUAAGUGUGAGAGACAGAAAAGGCUCGCUGCAGGCGGUGUGUCCUUCUCCAGAAUGUAAACUAAUAUGCACUCUCGCUUCUAACCAGGGCUUGAUUUGAUAUCGACUGUGGUUAUAUAGUAGACGUGAUGUUUUCCAUUUCACAUGGAACACCUCCGUCCAUUAAAAUAGCAUACACACGACAUACUAAUACUCCGUAUCGAAGCAGUAAAUACAAAACGAAUCAGUUCUAUUAUAUAAAUGUCAUCACCUUUUACAUAUUUCUUUUAUUGAAUCACUUAAUAGAAUUUAAAUUUCACCCAGAUUUAAGAUUUGUACCCAGAUUUGUGUCAGACAUGAUUGUGGUAAAGCUUCUGCCUUCUUUGGACUUUGUAUAUAUAUUAUAAUGAUUCAUUUAUAAACAUAGUACAUUUUGAAAAUGUGUUUUUUAGCCACUAUGCAACGCUUGAACCUGGAGUCAUUUACACAUUUCCAUCCAAAAAGGUCUGUGGGAUGAAAAAAAUCAAACUGUCAUCGUAAACAAUGAAUAAACAACAUGAUUUAAUCUCA